AGUUCUAUUGAAGAAUUUAUAAAAGAACGGUGCCUAAGAAACCUAAAAACAUUCAUCCUGAGUUUUGCUGUUCGACUCUGGCCAAUUAGGGUUUAUCGUGAACACAGCACUCAAGGACUCAAGAUAAAAUCAUGGGAGACGUGGAUGAAUUUCGCUGUUUCGUUGGAAGCCUUUCUUGGUCUACGACUGACAGAGGUUUGAGAGAUGCAUUUGAAAAAUAUGGUCGUCUGCUUGAAGCGAAAGUUGUUUUAGACAAAUUUUCUGGACGAUCUCGUGGAUUUGGUUUUGUUUCUUUUGAUGACAAGAGAGCUAUGGAGGAAGCUAUUGAGGAAAUGAAUGGUGUGGAUUUAGAUGGACGUCCCAUAACUGUAGAAAGGGCUCAACCCACCCAAGCCUCUUCUAGGGACCGAGAUGGGGACUAUGACCGUGACCGUGAUCGUGGUGGUCGUGAUCGCGAUCGUGACCGUGAUCGUGACCGCCCUCGUGGGUUUGGCGGAGGUCCAAGGGGAUCUGGUGGUGGCGGUGACUGUUUUAAAUGUGGUAAGCCCGGACAUUUUGCUCGUGAAUGUCCAUCUGAUGAUGGUGGUAGGGGUGGUGGCAGAUAUGGUGGGAGAGGAGAAAGAAAAGGUGGUGGCAGCUAUGGACCUGACCGAGGUGGGGAUCGCUACAGCGGCGGAGGUGGUGGUGGAGGUGGUGGUGGACGUUACAGAGAUUCUGGUAGCCGUGGAGCAGGAUAUGGAAGUGAUAGGUACAGCCGUGACCGUUCUGGCCCAUAUGACCGUGCAGGAUCUGGUGGCUACCGCUAAUUCUUUGAAAGGACGAUAGCUGUGCAGAGGAUGUCUGUUCUACAAGAUUAUCUUCAUGAAGAGAAGGAGCUUUUUACUGUGUUGUACUUAAUGGAAGACAUCUUAUGUGGUUUCAGACUUGGAAUGCGUAAUUAGAGUUGAACUAUUUUCUGUAUCUACAUCAGGAAAGCCAUUUGUCCCAGUGUGGGAAAAUUUUCUGUUUCAGGAGCUCAGUGAUGUUAUGAUGCGAUCUUAUGCUUGCUUAGUGGAGACUUCUGAUUUGGCUCUUUAGAUAUAUGAAUCUUGUUUUCGCUGCUAUACCUGGCUGUUUACAUGCACGUGCAUUGCUCUUUCUUCGCUGCCGUUUGGUAUUGGUGUGGGUUAAUGGGACAUAUGACUGGGUUGAGCGCCUUGUUCCUGAGUAUAUAUCCAUUUUGGUUGCUAUGAUCUGUGUACGUGUAACUGGAAGGGUGCAAGCUCUUUUGUUCUUGUGGCAUUAUCCUUUGCUCUCCCCCCCUGCCUAAUGCAAUUUUAAAACAAAUUUUGGAAAAGAAUUGAGCUGGGUAAUUUCUUAUCCUAAUUCGAUGCUUGUUCAAAUUUCAAUGUUAUUAUGGCAUUAAUUGUUUUGUGCU